AUGGUGCGUAGUAUCCCGCACACAGAGAAGCUGUUCAUUGGCGGAGAUUUCAAUGGCCAUAUUGGGGCUAGUGCUAGGGGUUAUGAUGAUGUGCAUGGCGGGUUCGGUUUUGGGGAUAGGAAUGAGGGAUUUAAUUCACUGUUGGAUUUUGCUAGAGCUUUUGAUUUGGUUAUUGCUAACUCAAGUUUUCCGAAGAGGGAAGAACACCUGGUCACUUUCCGAAAUUCAAUGGGCAAGACUCAGAUUGCUUAUCUUCUCGGCAGGAAAUGCGAUAAAGGUAUGUGCACUGAUUGCAAGGUCAUCCCAAGUGAGAACCUCACGACCCUACAAAGGCUCCUAGUUAUGGAUCUGGAGAUCAAGAAGAGUAGGAAAAAGAGGACGGUGUACAGGCAACUUGACCAAGGACAAAGCUCAGGAGUUAGGGGAGAAGUUGUUGGCUAUGAGGGUCUGGAUGAGUAG